AUGGCAGAAAUCGUUGUUCUUUUUGUCAUAAAAAAGAUAGGAAUAGCUGUGGCAGGUGAAACACUGAAACUAGCUAAACCCUUGUUUGCAAACAAAGCCGAGUUAAACAAUGCUGAGCUAGUAACAGCACUUCCAGUUAACAUGAAACUGAUAAAAGAUGAACUUGAGGUUAUCAAUGCAUUUCUUAAGGAACUUGGCACAAAUGGAUGCAAAGGUGAACUUGUAGAAACCUGGGUAAGGCAAGUACGAAGGUUGGCGCAUGAUAUGGAAGACGUUGUGGAUGAAUUUAUGUAUGUUGUUGGCAAAAGAAGAGAGAAAGAGUCACGAGCUUAUGUGAAGAAGAUUAUCAAGAAACCUCAAUCUUUAUUUUCACUUGAUGAAAUCGCUACUAAAGCAGAUAGUAUAAACAGACAGCUUGUGGAGCUCUCGAAAAGACUAGGUCGUUGGACCAAACCAAUAUUAAGUGGAAGUAGUAUUCCUGCAAUAAACUAUGACACUGAUCAACAGUUGUAUCUACCUGGACAUGAUUAUUCAAUAAAUGAUUCCGAGCUUGUAGGAAUUGACAAAAAUAGGCAAACCUUGAUUGAAUCAUUGUGUUUGGAAGAUUGUUCUCUCCGGACCAUUGCUGUAUGGGGUAUGGGUGGCCUUGGGAAAAGCACACUUGUUAAUAAUGUCUACAAAAGUGAAGCAAUAGUAUCCAAUUUCAAUUUCUGUGCAUGGCUAUCUAUCUCUCAAUCAUGUAGAGUCCACGAUAUUUGGCAAAACAUGCUGAAAGAACUCUAUGGAAAAGAUAGCAGAGAGUUCAGUACUGAAAAUAUGAGCUAUGCAAAACUAAAAGUGGAACUAACUAAAAUUCUGGAUCAAAAGCGGUACUUAAUCGUAUUGGAUGAUGUGUGGUCUGCUGCAGAUUAUUUAAAAAUUAGAGAGGUUCUUGUUGAUAAUGGCCUAGGAAGCAGAGUAAUAAUCACAACAAGAAUUGAGGAAGUUGCUUCAAUAGCUGAGGAUGGUUGUAAGAUCAGUUUAGAGCCUCUAGAUGACCAUGAUGCCUGGCUUUUAUUCUGUAGAAAGGCAUUUCCGAAAAUUGAAAAUCAUUUAUGCCCUCCAGAGUUACAGCAGUGUGGUAUGGACAUUAUCAAGAAGUGUGAUGGUUUGCCUUUAGCUCUGGUGGCAAUAGGGAGUUUAUUUUCCUUCAAAUCAAAGAAUAAAAAAGAUUGGAGGCUUUUCUACAAUCAACUUAUUUCAGAGUUACACAAUAAUGAGAACUUAAACCAGGUGGAGAAAAUUCUAAAUCUAAGCUACAAGCACCUGCCAAACCAUCUGAAGUAUUGUUUUUUAUAUUGUGCUAUGUUCCCAGAAGAUUAUCUUAUCCACAGAAAGAGAUUGAUUAGAUUUUGGAUCAGUGAAGGAUUCAUAGAACAAAAAGGAGCAUGCAGCUUAGAAGAUGUUGCUGAAGGUUACCUAAUGGAGCUUGUCCAACGAAGCAUGCUUCAAGUUGUAGCCCGGAACAGUUUUAAUAGGAUUCAAUGUCUUCGAAUGCAUGACAUUGUGCGUGAAUUAGCUAUAUAUCAAUCGAAGAGGGAGAGUUUUUGUACAAUUUAUGAUGACACUCAUGGGGUGGCACAACUGGGAUCAGACUCUCGUCGAGUCUCAGUGCUUCGGUGCAACAAUAGUAUUAGACCAAGCAUAGAUCCAUUCAGACUUCACACCUUCAUUGCAUUUGACACCACCAGCAUGGCAUUAUCUUCAUGGCCUGCUUUCAUUCCCUCGGAAUCUAAGUACCUUUCUGUAUUGGACUUAUCUGGCUUGCCUAUCGAGACUAUUCCAUAUUCAGUUGGGGAGCUAUUUAACCUUCGAUUUUUGUGCCUCAAUGACACCAAUGUGAAGGCAUUCCCAAAAUCUGUUACCAAGCUUCGCAAUUUACAAACGUUAAGUCUUGAACGUGCCCAGUUACUGAAUUUCCCACGAGGGUUUUCAAAUCUGAAGAAACUGCGUCAUCUACUUGUUUGGAAGUUGGUAGAUGCUACUUACAAAAGUCUCAAUAACUGGCAAUCUAUGGAACCAUUUGAGGGCUUGUGGGACUUGAAGGAAUUGCAGCAUUUGAAUGAAGUUCGCGCAACUAAAGUCUUUGUUGCAAAACUAGGAAAUUUAGCACAGCUGAGGAGCCUUUGCAUUACUUAUGUAAGGAGUAGUCACUGCAUUCAAUUGUGCAACUCUCUAUCAAAGAUGCACCAGCUUACAAGAUUAAACAUAAGAGCAAGCAAUGAACAUGAAUUACUCUUGCUGGAUGAUUUCACAUUGUCAAACCCUCUAGAAAAGCUUGAACUGGCAGGCCAGUUGUCAGAAGGAACCUUGGAGUCUCCAUUUUUCUCUGGCCACGGAAAUAAACUUCUGCGAAUGGAACUAUCAUGGUGUCAACUCACACUGAAUCCUGUGGCACGCCUCGCAGAGUUCUCAAGUUUAACCGAAUUAAGUCUUACAAGGGUGUACACUGGACAUUGGCUAAACUUUCAUGCAAAUUGGUUCCCAGAUUUAAAGAAACUAGUAUUGUGGGAUUUGCAACAAGUCAAGCAGAUAUUUGUUCAGGAGGGAGCUUUGGCCAACCUGCAUUAUCUUCACAUCGAUAGCCUCAUGGAACUGCGGGACAUCCCUAUCGGUAUUGAGUUCCUUGCUUCAGUCAAAGAGGCAUAUUUUACUAGGAUGCAUUCUGAUUUUGUAAGGAAUUUACAAAUGGGAAAGAUAAACCAUAUCCCAAAGGUCCACUGGUCAACACAAGGGAUGCCCACGGAUCUGAUGGAACUUGCUGACCUACCUGGAGCAUCCUACAGGACCAACACAAACCCAGAAUGGCGCAUCUUAGGUGGGUCAGGCUGGGUUUUCAUCUGACCCAAUUUGGGAAGACUGGUUUGCUGGUUCGAGCUGACAACGCUGUAUAACCAUUUCCCUGCACUGCAAUGUUGUGAACACCUGGCUCACUGAAGUGAAGGGCUGGAGCUGAAUUUUGGUGGUGCACUGCACUCUGGUAUGCUUUGAAGCAGUGGUUUCCUUUGGCCAUCUUCACCACCAUCUUUUGUUGCUCCUGGCACAAAAGAACGAUGGCAAGUAACUUCUGUUACAAAACCAAGUAUUUUGAUCUUGUAAUGCAGCAAUCAAGGUCAUGAAUAUGUUGUAACAGUCAUGGUUAAUCUCUCUUAUUGCAUUGAUAUUAUUCAGCCCAUGAAUUACCUUAAUGCAGGGAUAUAAACCAGCCAAUUCAUAAGAAUUCAUGUGAAUUAUGAAUUGUUCUAAAUGCCUACAUUUAGUUGGUUGUAAUCUCUCUAUAUAAGGGGACAUUGAGAUCAAUAAAAAUACAUAAGUGUGGAUACACUAUUC